AUGGAGCACCACCGCAAGCGACAGCGACUGUACUCUCCUCAUCACCGCAAUUUUCCGCACACCUUCGACAAUCGUUAUCCACAUUAUUAUAAUGAAAAUCGGAAUGAUCGAAAAUAUAUGAGAGAUUACGAAUCUUCUGAGGAGGAGGAACAUUACGAGCACGAAGCGAUGGCGACCAACGAAUCACCAGUUGCGGAGUUGGAUUUUGAGCAGAAAAAGGCGCGGAUAAGUUACAAGUUAAAAUCGACGUUCGAAUCAAUCUUUGAGAAGUACGGAAGAAACUUUGAGGGGAUUGGAGAUGAGAUAGAUAUGGCAACAGGAGAGAUUGUUGUGAACAAUGGACAUCUUAUGGAGAUGCAGAAUGAAAGAGAUAUAGGGCAGAAUCGUGGCGGGAGGUACGACUUGGUGGACGAAUCUACCGAAUUAGAGGACGACUCAAGGACUUCCAGCGAAACAGAUGAGAAUGAAUACGACGAUGGCGAGGAUGAUGAGGAUGAGGACGAUGCUUCGGAAGACGGUCAAAACGAAGAAGAUAUGUUGGAGGACGAUCUGAUUUUGCGUGGUUUAACACAGGCUCGUGGAAGGUUGGCCCAAUCAUCAGGUCAACUGUCGCAUGCGCACUCAGGACUCGUUCAGAAACCAGGAAGCUCAAGUGUAGCUCCUGCAUAUACACCAAAAUCAGAGUUGCCCUCACGAUCAGAAAUCAUAGCUCAGUUCGGGCCUCAUUUGGGGUCUCAGAUUCUAGAUGUCGUAUCACGUCAAAAUGCGCCCGCUCGAACUGAGGAACAUAUUGAACCACUAUGGCGUAUACCACAUCACAUAGAUCGUGCAUUCCGACAUGAUGACAGAAAUAUUGAGCCGCCGUGGCGUGUUCCAGAUAUACCUCUAUCGGUACCAGUGACGCGACCAUCAGCAAAGUUACACGCUGCAGAUUUUGAGAAUGAAAGGUCCGUAUCGCCAGACGCUGGUCAUUCUCUUUGGGCGCCCUUACCCUCCAAAAGAUCGACAAAUAAUUCCAAGAAACAUUCCAAAACUCAGGGUUCGAAAAGGAUCAGAAACAACUUCACUGUUGAAGAUGAUGAAAUCUUAUUAGACUGUGUCAAAAAAGCAAGAUUGCGAGGUGCCAAGCUCAAUCAAAGCUUUUGGCUAGGUCUCGGAGCACAAUAUCCUAACCACCCUGCUAUGAGUUGGCAACAGCAUUAUACUCGGAAAUACUCUUACCUGGAACCUAAUGAACCACAGGAAUCAGAACCAUCUGAAUCUGCUUCUACUAGCUAUGCACGUCUGGAUGCGCAUCAACCACGUUCAUCUUUGAAGGAGCGGCGGGAGUAUACGCCGUUUCUUGGAAAGCCUCAACAGCACAUGUCAGCUGCAAUGGGACCUCCUUCAAGAUCCGUUGAUAACAGCAACAGCCGAAGACCGGCAAGAGUUAGGAAACCAGCUCAACGCGACUCGAAAGUUAUCAGUUGGUCUCAAGCAGUAGAUACCAUCAAAGCUGUCGACCCUACCCUACAUGCUGGUAUACUCGAAGAUACCAGUUUUGAUCCCGAUGCCGAGGGUGCUCGGCAAUGGAGACCGACAUCACAUUCCAUGAAUCUGUAUGGAAACCGAAGAGUUUCUGACCAGAUGCUCCACUUGAGCCAGAGAAGUCACCCAGACCAUGACAACUUCUACAAUCCGCAACGACCAAGACGUUACAGUGAUUCCGCACAGCCUUCAAGGAGUCAAGAAGAUACAUUCAAUCACUCGGAUAUUGUCCAGAACACAGGUGUACCUUGUCCUCACAUCGAUUGUCGCGGGCGCACUGCUCUCUUAUACCGACUAGAUCGUACCAUAGAUGAGAACCAAUCGCCAUUGUCUUCCCAUUUCCUUCAACAUCACCGUACGGCGUUGUACCCUUGUGUCGAGCCUCGCUGCAACUACAGAGGAGAGCAUGGAUUCUUGGUUUAUGCAGAUCUCCUCGAACAUGUCCAACAUUUCCACCCAACUUUUGAAGCGUUGCAACGAGCACGUAAUAGUGCUGAUUUCGGUGUUGCGAUUGAGCGACCAGAAAUCAGGCGUAAUGUUACUCGCGUGGCAGAUUCAAUAUCGUCAUCAAACCCUUAUAAUUCUCACACGCUGCGCGGCAGUCACCUAGCAACUUCUAGCUCCGAUCCGGAUCGCACCCUGACACCAAGGGUCCUUGCUGGCGCAUCGACAUAUACUCCAAUGACAAGCGUCUCAUCAUUAGUAGUGAAUCAUGCCUCAGCCCAAAAGGAAUUUGAAACCCAUCGAGCCGACGGCAGGUCUUCUGUUCUCAGUUCGCAAGAUUAUGAUAAUCGCUCAGAGCCUGCAUUAGAUAAAUUGAGAAGGCUUGGAUCUACGGCCAGUCAACCAAAUAUCGAUGAAGAAUUACAUAGGCACGGUUUCGCAUCUCCUGAUCUUAGCCUCCCCAUUAUCAGUCGUGCUGGCAAAUCGUUUUCCUCCACUGCUGGUAUUCGAGGAAGUCAUGAGCCAGCCACUCCAUUAUCUAUGAAAGUGGUGCCACUCUCGAGUUCUACGACAGGAAUGAUUUUGCCUCCACGGUCAUCUCUACCCUCGAGUAUCCCUGACUCACAGGCUUCUACUAGGCGCCAGGCGGAAUAUGUGCCUCAAAGCAAUCUUGCAAAUUCCUCAGCUGCUAGCCUGGAUUCCGUACACAGAAGCAUACAGCGUGUUGCUCGGGUGCACGAAACCAAGGACAGCACCCCAUCUCCUAUGCUUCCUCCACCUAGAGUGAAUUAUACGACUACGAGACAAGACCUCAAGACUCCAGCCAACAGUAAAAAAAGUCGAACAACCGAAAGGCUGAGACAAUCUAGUUCCGAAGGCAUAGAUGAACUAAGUCUGGCUACAAAUGGCUUUGUUCUGCUCUCGUCUCGAGUGAAGACUGCAGGACCGUCAGCUGAUUCAACUGUUCGAGUAAAGCGUGAGGAAACUGCAGGAGUACCUCAAGCUCUACCUGCUGUAUCAGCAGCUGGAUUGAAGAGAAAGCUCGAAGUCUUUCAAGGUAGUGAUGACGAGAUUGAUGAACUAAUGACAGAUGAACCCAACUUUUCUGUUUCUCUGCUAGGACAUUCUUCUCGAAGGAAACCUGAAAUCAAGACCGAAACUUCAGAGCCUGUAUCUGUAUUACCAGCUACAAGUAGUGUCAACCGUAGAAACAAACGCUCCAAACAAAGGAAAGCAUUGGGGGUUCCGAGAUCAGCUAUUGCAGAGUUCUCAUCGACAAGUGGUGCAUUAACUCCUGUCAAGAACAGACACACUGCGGUCCCGCGAACAAGCACUCCAUUACUUGAUCUUCCUACGCGCAGUAAAGAGCGAAUGAAUGGUACUUCUGCCUACGAGGUUGCAGAGUCUGGAGCAGGAUCUUCGUCACAAGCGAUACUCUCUCAACCACAUAUCGAGAGAUCCAGCUCACCAAUGGACAUGCUUCUUACUCCAGUUCGGCCAAGCCGUUCGUCGAACAAAUCAGAUGGUCCUAUUAUUACGAUCAAGACACCUGGUGGAACACUACGAAAGUGUGGCGAAAAUGAAUUCACGUGUAAGAGAACUUUUUGUUUUCGUUGUGGUAAACAGAGCACUACGACGAGGUUAGAGAAGAAGGCUUGA